AUGAAGCUGAUUAUUGAUCUAGAGGAAAAUAUGAGGCAAUUUAUUUGGCCACAGGUAGGUAAAUAUUUAGAGAAAUUUCAGGCUUCACAGUCGAAGUCGUCACAUCUAAGCAUCUCUUAUAAUCCACUUGAAUACGAAAGCAUUUCUUCAAGUGAAAGUUUAGUUACAUGCUCUGAAAGUUUUAGAAACAUUGGGGACAAUAUGUUUAUUGGAGAAGGAGAUAAUCUAAAUACAGAGUUUAAAACCUGUUCUUCAAACGAAUUGAUCGUUGUAGGAGAUGAGCUCGUGAGCAUCAUAAGUACUACCAAUGACACAAAUAGUUAUAAGGACAUUGAUUUUUCUUGCAUUUCUAGCCUUGAAUUUCCAUCAUCAGAAAUUGGCCCUUUCAAGCACAGUUCUAAAGAAGAAUUAGAACCUUCAGCUCCAUUAUUUAAUGAUGAAAUCGCAAGAUUAAUCGAGGAUAUGAUACUGGUUCUUGAAGAUCCUGGUAGAUCCGUAGAUAAUCUUCCAGAAAUCAAGGAACUAGAAAGAGAUUUGGACUAUCAAGAGGUGACAAAAGCACUCAGUAUACCUUAA